AUGUUAUAUUUAGGCGCUACUCAAUCCCAUCACGGUGCUUACCGCUGCAAAGCGUGGAAUCAAGCUGCUGAGGUCAGCCGACUGGGAUACUUGCGAGUGAACUCGAGGCCCACCGUCUCUGUCAAUAUUCACGGGUCGUCACACUUUGUCGUCGACGGCACUGUCAACAUCAGCUGUCAUGUGCGCGGAUAUCCUCUGUUCAAGAUUCAAGAACCUGAGUUCUUCUUGAAAUCGGACUUGAGUGGUGUCAAAAGGGCUGAUGUACCCGAAAACAGCGGCCGCAUCGCUGGAAAUCUUGCUUGGCUCAAAAUUAUAGGCCUUCGCAGGUCUAACAUGCGUGUAGAAGGUCCAAUAGUCCGGGAAGUAUUUAAUUCAUCGAUAAACAAACCUGAAAGAACAUCAAAAAUGUCACCAUAUGUGGGGCGCUAUCCACAGAAAGUGCGACGAGGGUUGCAGGCCCUGGUAAAUGCUUAA